UCUGGCGGUGACCUCUUUUCUGCUCCUAGUGAUUCCAUGUUCUUCAUCGACAAGUCGCAAGAUCUUUCAGCGAAACGUAAGAUUGAAAAGCACAGAGAAAAAGUGCUCCAUUUUGAGAGCAUACUGCAAUGCAAUCCUUUUGUUCAGGCAGUUCCGUCUUCAAAACAGAAGUCCAAGAAAAAGCAGAAAAUAGUCGUGAAAGAAAAUGUUGUGGCUCAGGGUGGUUCCAAGGAGGACUCUGUUCCUGCAUCUGACAUGAUUGACUUGUGGGAAAAUAAAGGUGAACAUAAUAACAAUGCUAGAAAGGUAACCAAACCUACAUGUAUUCCAGCAGUAGAAGUUGAGCAUCCUGGAUGCUCAUACAAUCCGACAUUUGAAAGUCAUCAGGAUGCCUUGGCGGAAGCAGUUGCUAAAGAAAUGCAGAAAGUCUAUCAGGAUGAAUUGGGACCCCAGCCUGUUCCAUUAACUGUUCCUGGGGAAGUGAUUGAUGACGAAGAUAGGUUAUUUCUUGAUGUGGAUAUUGGAAGCGAUGAUGAUGAUAAAGAUAUGGAAAACUCGAGUGAAAAUGAGGAUACUGCAUCCAAGAAAAGUUCUUCAAAGACAAAGAGGGUAACGCGAGUGGAGUUGAAUAGGAGAGCUAGACGGAAGGAACGACAAAAAAAGGAAGCGGAGGCAAAAAAGCUGGAGGAAAUUUCAAAAGAAAUAGACAGCUUGCCAGAUAUCUUACAAGAAAUAGCCGAAGAGGAUGCAGAGAAGAACAAGAGACAUCUGAGGAGAGUUAUAGCCAAGCAAGAAAGAUUAAAGUCAUGUCCACCUCGGUUGGGAAAGCACAAAUUUCAACCUGCUCCUGUUCAAGUCCUUUUAUCCGAAGAAAUCACUGGUUCCCUCCGGAAGCUGAAAGGGUGUUGUACCCUUGCAAGGGAUCGGUUUAAAAGUCUCGAGAAAAGAGGACUGAUCGUACCAACAGGCAAGAAUAGAAGGAAAUAAUAACGUACUGAAGAUGCGCACCUAGUCAUGGCAGAAGGAGAAGAUAUUUCUAGUUUUGAUUAGUUUUUCCCAUGGUAUUAAGGCUUUCAGUUUUGUAUUUUACUUGUGGUCAAAGUUGGAGCCUCUUGAUGGCCUACUCUUUUUUGUUCUAUGCUCAACUGUGUGUGUGUUUUUUUUAAUAUGAUAUAAUUUACCACAAA